CAUCCAUAUUGAAUUUAGUUGCGUAGUGUUGGUGGUUCUGAUUACUGUAUAAUCGGUUGACGUUUAACCAUUACAAUUAGUUUUCCCAUGUAUUUGCAAUUCGUCAUAAAAACAUUGAUUUCCAGUUCGACACCUUGAUUUUCCGCAAGUGUUCUCAAGUUUGUUUGCUCGGAUCGCGAAUUUGCGAAAGUGAAGAUCGCGUGAUAUGUAAAGCUUCGCAACCAGGACUUUCCUUCAAAUCCGCACAUUCUCGUCGAGGAAACGCAUCAGGCCGUCUACCAGAUUAACAAUGGCCGACCCUGAUCCCGAGACUCUUCUGGAAUGGCUCAACAGUGGAUUAGGCGAUGAAAGGGACAUGCAACUCAUUGCUCUAGAGCAACUGUGCAUGCUGCUUUUGAUGUCUGAUAAUGUUGACCGCUGCUUUGAGAGUUGUCCCCCGAGAACUUUCCUCCCGGCCCUAUGCAGGAUAUUUCUGGACGAACAGGCUCCAGAAAAUGUUCUGGAAGUCACAGCCAGAGCUAUAACUUAUUAUCUGGAUGUGUCCGCUGAAUGUACUAAGAGAAUUGUAGCUAUUGAUGGCGCUAUCAAAGCAAUUUGCGAUCGUUUGGUUGUGGUGGAGUUGGCCAGUAGAACUAGCAAGGAUUUAGCGGAACAGUGCGUUAAGGUACUAGAAUUGAUUUGCACGCGAGAAGCUGGCGCAGUUUUUGACGCCAGUGGCUUAAGCUGCAUUCUCCCAUUUAUUCGAGACAAUGGCCAAGGCGUUCACAAAGACACCCUGCAUUCAGCUAUGGCUGUGGUGUCACGUUUAUGCACCAAGAUGGAACCUGCCGAUUUACAACUGCCUGGCUGUGUUCAGGCAUUGAGCGCCUUGCUGCAACAUGAAGACACUCUAGUAGCAGAUGGAGCGCUACGUUGUUUCGCUUCCGUCGCUGACCGAUUUACUCGUAGAGGCGUUGAUCCAGCGCCUUUAGCUCAACAUGGAUUGGUAAAGGAGUUGUUGAGCAGACUAUCUAAUGCAGCCGGUCCAGCAGCAGCAGCCGCCCAGAAUACCGGUAAAACCCAAACAUCAUCAAGCGUCCCUGCAGUAACCGACUCUAAAGCUAAUGCCGCUUCAAUUUCUACCAUUAUUAGUCUACUGUCCACUUUAUGCAGAGGAUCUCCCAUCAUUACCCAUGAUUUGUUGCGAUCCGAGCUUUUGGACGCUAUAGAAAAAGCUCUGAAAGGAGAUGAGCGAUGCACGCUAGACUCGAUGAGAUUGGUCGAUUUGCUGCUAGUUUUGCUGUUCGAAGGGCGCAGAGCCCUGGGAAAACCGGGCGCUUGCACUUCCGGUCAACUGAUGCCGAGGAUCAGACGCAUGGAUUCCGCAGCUGAAAAAUCUCAUAGACAGCUGAUCGACUGCAUCCGAUCCAAAGAUACAGACGCUCUUAUUGAGGCUAUCGAAAAUGGCGGCAUAGAGGUUAAUUUCAUGGACGACGUCGGGCAAACCUUAUUAAAUUGGGCGUCAGCUUUUGGCACUCAAGAAAUGGUCGAAUAUCUCUGCGAAAAAGGAGCGGAUGUUAACAAAGGCCAAAGAUCUUCGUCAUUACAUUACGCUGCUUGCUUCGGCAGGCCAACAAUCGCUAAAGUGCUCUUAAGGUAUGGCGCAAAUCCUGAUCUGCGGGAUGAAGAUGGCAAAACACCAUUGGAUAAAGCGCGAGAAAGGGUUGACGAAGGGCAUCGAGAAGUGGCGGCUAUUUUACAAUCACCCGGCGAAUGGAUGGUUUGUCUGGACAAGGAGCGAGGCCGAAAGUCGGAAUCGGAUACUGACGAAAGCGUCGAGCCGAAAGGAGACCCAGAAAUGGCGCCUGUUUAUUUAAAACGUCUGCUACCGAUAUUUUGCAGUACAUUCCAGCUAACAAUGCUGCCCAGCGUGAGAAAAGCCAGUCUGGGAUUAAUCAAGAAAAUGAUCCAUUACAUCCAACCGAAUUUGCUCGAAGAUCUCUGCGCUAUCGAGAUUACUCCGAAUUUCGCCACACAGUUGGUUGAAGUGAUUGCCGUUGUGCUCGACAAUGAGGAAGACGAGGAUGGUCACUCUGUGGUUCUCACUAUCAUCCAGGAUCUGAUGGUGAAAAACCAGAAGACCUUUUUGGAUCAUUUUGCCCGACUGGGAAUUUUCUCCAAAGUCCAGUCCUUGGCAGCCCCGCCAGAACCCCAGGAAGCUGACGAAGGGGAACCAUCGCAAGAAGAACCCACCGAGCAACAGCAAGUGGACGAUGCAAAAGAAAUCCUGCCGGGAAAAGCUUAUCAUUGGAAGGACUGGUCGGUUUGUCGCGGACGAGAUUGUCUAUAUCUUUGGAGCGAUGCUGCAGCUUUGGAACUUUCCAAUGGUUCAAAUGGAUGGUUCCGAUUUAUACUCGAUGGUAAAUUAGCGACCAUGUACUCGAGCGGAUCUCCUGAAGGCGGCGCUGAUACACCAGGCAAGGCCCGAUCCACCGACUCCCUUACGACCGAAGAAAACCGUGGCGAGUUCUUGGAAAAGCUUCAAAGAGCCCGAGCUGCUGUUCGAAUUACCAAUAACUCCAUACCAAUUUUGUCAAAACCGGGUCCUGCAAGGCUUGUGGUUGGAAACUGGUCUCUAACUUCGAAAAGAGAUGCAGAAGUGCAUAUUCACAACUCCGAUGGUCAACAGCAAACCACCAUAUUAAGGGACGAUCUUCCGGGCUUUAUUUUUGAGUCCAAUAGGGGCACUAAACAUUCUUUUAUUGCCGAAACCAGUCUGGGCGCUGAAUUUGCUACCGGCUGGACAAGCAAAAAGGGCAAGCGAAUUCGGUCAAGAACCGAAGCGACAAAGAUCAAAGUCAAGUAUCUAGCUCAUCAAUUGUAUGAACAAUACUUUAGAGCCGCUCAAGCUCAGCCUCGGGGAGUAGUCGCGCAGUUAGGAAAUAUCGUCGCUCAGAUAGAACGAGCAUGCCAGAAACAAGGCUCUUAUGGGAACAACAGAGACGGCACCAACUCAUGGAAAGAAAUCCUGACCAAUGCAAUUGACGCUCUCACUGUUAUCUUAAAGGACGACGGUGUGGUCAGUGCUUACGAGUUGUACAGCUCUGGAUUAGUUCAAGCACUUCUGAAUCUUUUGUCUAUUAGUUAUUGGGAUCAAGGGCUCAAAGUCAGCAAGGUAAACAAGCAUCAAAAGCAAAGAAUCCAAGUAUUCAAGGAUUGUUUCAAAGUUAAAUCCUCCGAUGAGCAUAAUUCCAUGUCCAUAUUGGUUCAAAAGCUAAUCGCCGUGUUGGAAAGCAUUGAAAAAUUGCCAGUGUACCUUUAUGAUUCUCCGGGGUCCGGAUAUGGAUUGCAGGUGUUAACUCGACGAUUGAGAUUCAGGCUGGAAAAAGCGCAGGGUGAUAGUACGUUGAUUGACCGAACUGGAAGAGGUUUAAAGAUGGAGCCUUUGGCUACUGUAGCUCAACUCGAGCGGUAUUUGCUGAAAAUGGUGGCGAAACAGUGGUACGACUACGACAGGGCCACGUUCCAGUUUGUAAAAAAGCUGCGAGAGACCAAGUUCCAAACGUUCAAACAUUCGCACGACUUUGAUGAGAAUGGGGUGAUUUACUUUAUUGGAACUAAUGGGAAAACUAGCUGCGAAUGGGUGAAUCCCGCCCAGUACGGUUUGGUAACAGUCACGAGUUCAGACGGAAGAAACCUUCCUUAUGGGCGCCUGGAGGAUAUUCUGUCGCGCGACUCCUCAGCAUUAAACUGUCACACAGACGAUGACAAGCGAGCGUGGUUCAGUAUCGAUUUGGGUCUGUUUAUUAUUCCUACCGCCUAUACUUUGAGGCAUGCUCGCGGCUACGGCCGUUCGGCUUUGAGGAAUUGGCUCUUUCAAAUGUCCAAGGACGGAGUGGUUUGGACAACGCUUUCCACACACACGCACGAUAUUUCUCUGAAUGAGCCAGGCUCUACAGCCACAUGGCCAGUGGAAUCGCCACCAGACGAACAAGGAUGGCGGCAUGUGCGCAUUCAACAGGCGGGGAAAAACGAAUCUGGUCAGACCCAUUAUCUCAGUCUUUCCGGCUUUGAAAUCUACGGUCAAGUGACGAGUGUGUGCGAUGAAAUGGGAAAAGCUCACAAGGAACAGGAGGCUCAGCUAAGAAAACAAAGGAGACUGGUGAAGACGCAGUUGCUGAAAUUUAUGACAGUUGGAGCGAGAGUGAUGCGAGGGGUCGAUUGGAAGUGGAGGGAUCAGGAUGGCAACCCACCCGGGGAAGGGACCGUGACUGGAGAUCUCCAUUCUGGUUGGAUUGACGUAACCUGGGAUCAUGGAGGAUCAAACUCCUACCGUAUGGGGGCUGAAGGAAAAUAUGAUCUAAAGUUGGCGGUGAACGUUGAUGUUGGAGCAGCAUCGACGCCGAAAUUGGCAAAUAAACCGAAAAAUAAGGACGACAAGCAGAGUGUUCUGACUAGUAGAAAGAGCAGUUCAACGCCAAGUUUGCCUGAAGCAACUGAUAUCAAAACAUCGGUCGCCUCAACUGAACAAGCCGCUUCUGCGGACAAUUUGGCUGCCAAGCAGGCAGCAGUAACUAUAGCCGAAAGCGUUCUCUCUGGGGCCAGAAAUGAAGCAUUAGUGGCCGUGACUUCAGAAUCUCAAGCAGGAAACUUGGAUAGCGAUUUAUCGCUCGUCGUGCAUCCGUUGAGGGAUCCACAUCACGAUCUUUCUACUAUAAACAACAGCAGCGACUUGGCUACUAUUGUUGAAAGUUUAACGCUACCGGACAACAAACCAGCUGCAACAAAGCGUCAAAGCAGCGACGAACCUAGUGAUAGUUUAAGGGAUGCGAGCCAAAAGUCUGCGGCGGGCAAAUCAAACCGGACGACAAAAAUUACGAAUGCCACUGCGGUUGCGGCUCAGAGCUUUGUCGAAGCUGUUGAAGCGUUGGAUCGGAUCCGGGAAGGUUCGGAUAUGUUGAGGAACAACACCAACAACUUCCUUUCAGCCGAAUUUCUGCAGUCGGCCUUGAACUUCAGCCAAACCAACCAGCAGUCGAUCAACAACUUGUCCAGCAUGGCGGGAACUCCUGUGCGAAUAUCUGUUUCUUCUAAGCCCGAAGCUAAUGAGGAACCGGCGGAGAAACGGAAAGAGGAUGGUGAGGAUGGUGCGAAACCCAGUUUCAGUAGCAGUGACAACGAAGAAGCAGUGAAUAACGCAAAUAAUGCGAAGAAUUCCAUUGUGGUCACCAAUCCCAUGAGUGUUAGUGUACCAAAUCUUACAAGCACUGAGGCAAACAGCCAGAUUGAAACCACUGCAAGUGCAGUUCUGAACUUCCCAGGCUUGUUAGAGACGUUUGCCGCUUUGGCUCGACGACGCCAGUCAAGUUCAACGGUAACAUCGCAAUCAUCACGCAAUUCGAACUCUAACAACGCUCAAGUAUCGAAUGCAAACGUGCAAAAUAACCAAAAUGCGGGAUGCAUUUUCCCGCGCGCUCCCAACUCCGUAUCCAGUCUGGUAAGGCUGGCGUUGUCCACGAAUUUCCCCAGUGGCCUGCUAAGCACUGCUCAGAGUUAUCCUAGUUUAUCUUCUAGUAAUAAUUCGAGGGCUCAACAAGCAGGAAUCUCAACCGCUGCAGGUGCUGUUCAAGGACUUAGCCAGGCUUUGACUAUGAGUUUGACUUCGACCAGCAGCGAUAGCGAGCAGGUUUCACUGGAGGACUUUUUGGAGACGUGCAGAGCUCCAACCUUGCUUGCUGAAUUGGAGGAUGAUGAGGAAAUGGGCGACAAUGAAGAUGAUAAUGAUGAUGAUGAAAAUGAAGACGAUGCUGAUUAUGAUGAGGUUAUGGUUUCAAGAAAUCUGCUGAGUUUUAUGGAGGAGGAAGGAUUCGAGCCGCUCCAUAAUACGAAAAGAAGGUCAUGGGAUGAUGAAUAUGUUGUAAAGCGGCAGUUCAGCGCCUUAAUUCCUGCUUUUGAUCCUCGGCCUGGAAGAACGAACAUUAUUCAAACUAGUGAUCUGGAAAUUCCGGCUCCAGGCCAGGAGGAAAGCUCGAGCUCAGCGGACCUGGAAUAUUUGCCCCAACCCAAAAUUCAGUUGGUUCUUCAAGGGCCCAACAUGCCCGGCAUUAACGACGUCGAGAUCGAACUGAACGAACCCUCUUGGACUAUAUUCAGAGCUGUUCAGGAGCUGAUGCAACUAACCGAGUUUCCAUCCAAGCAGGAGAAGCUGCGUCGGUUAUGGGAGCCCACUUAUAUGAUCAUUUACAAGGAAAUCAAAGAAGGCAGUUCAAACGACUCGGAGGACGGACACGCGACCCCUGUAACUAGACGGGUGGCUCAUAUGCGAGCCAGCUCUAUUGCUGGCCAUUCACUUUCGCCAUCCACUCCAGUUCCUGGAACACCUUCGGUGUCCAGUUGCACUGUCGAGGACGUUCUUCAUCUAUUGAGACAUUUGUUUGUCAUCACAACAUCUCACAGCGUUAUUGAAAAGUCUUUGAAUUACGCCGAAGUCAAUUCCGAGCUGUAUUCCAGCAAAAAGAUCACUAACAAGCUUUUGCAGCAAAUUCAAGACCCACUAGUGCUGUCCAGCUCCAGCUUGCCCACUUGGUGCGAGGAAUUGAAUCACUCUUGCCCUUUCUUAUUCCCAUUCGAAACCAGGCAGCUCUACUUCAAUUGUACAGCAUUCGGAGCUUCUAGGAGUAUCGUGUGGUUGCAAACUCAACGCGAUGUGACCAUUGAACGGCAACGCACCCCUGGUUUAUCACCCAGAAGGGACGAUCCGCACGAGUUUCGAGUAGGCAGACUGAAGCACGAACGAGUGAAAGUUCCCCGAGGUGAUCAACUGCUGGAUUGGGCUAUUCAAGUUAUGAAGGUUCACGCGGAGAAAAAGUCUAUUUUAGAGGUGGAAUUUGUGGGAGAAGAAGGUACAGGACUAGGGCCGACAUUGGAAUUUUACGCCUUAGUCGCUGCUGAAUUGCAAAGACGGGAUUUGUGCAUGUGGAUCUGCGACGAUGAGUUGAAUUAUGAAGCUGAAACUGUUGAUUUAGGCGAAGGGCUGAAACCGCCGGGUUUCUACGUAAGAAGAGCCUCUGGUCUGUUUCCCGCUCCUUUGCCACAGAACUCUGAAGUAUGUGAUAAGGCUGUGAAGUAUUUCUGGUUUUUGGGUGUGUUCUUGGCGAAAGUGUUGCAAGAUAAUCGUCUGGUUGAUCUGCCACUGAGCAAGAGCUUUUUGAAGUUGAUGUGCCACGGCGAGAUUCAGAACACGGUGAACGAACGGAUUGGCCUGGUGGGCAUUAAGAAGAGCACGGAAGAGGAUAUUAUGGCUUCCAGUUAUAUCUCGGAGGAAAGUGAAAAGGAGCUGGAGCUCGAUCCGCCCAAGUUAGUCACUGAAGAUGGCCGGCCUUGGUUCUCAAAUCUUCUUAACGAAGACGAUUUUCUUGACAUAGACCCGGUCAGAGCCGAUUUCCUCAAGCAAGUCAAACAACUAGUGAGAGAGAAACAAAAUAUUAUGCAAGAUCACUCUUUGUCGCCAGAGGAUAAGACGAAUCAGAUCCAAAACUUGGCAUUUCACUAUCCCGAAAUAUCGAUGUCUUUGGCAGAUCUAGCGCUCACUUUUACUUAUCUGCCAAGCUCAGAUGUCUUUGGCUUCGACAGCGUAAACUUGGUGCCGAAUGGCGACGACAUAGAAGUCACAAUAGAGAAUUUAGAGGAAUACUCAGAAUUCACUUCAAGUUUUUGUUUGGAAACCGGCUUAACCAGACAACUGAAUGCUUUCCAUAAAGGUUUCUGCCAAGUUUUCCCGAUGGAGAAGUUGGCAGCUUUCAGUCCAGGUGAAAUGGCCAUUAUGCUUUGUGGAAACCAAAAUCCCGAAUGGACCAAAGAAGAUCUGCUGAACUACACGGAACCAAAGUUAGGAUACACUAAAGAAAGUCCGGGUUUCCAAAGGUUUGUCAACGUUUUAGUUGAUAUGACGCCUGAAGAGCGAAAAGCAUUCUUGCAAUUCACCACUGGGUGCAGCUCUCUGCCUCCAGGCGGUUUAGCGAAUUUGUAUCCGCGAUUAACUAUCGUGCGUAAAGUGGAUGCUGGCAAAGGUUCGUACCCGUCGGUAAACACUUGCGUGCACUAUUUGAAGCUACCCGACUAUCCAACUGAGGAGAUACUUAAGGAGAGACUGCUCGCAGCAACAAAGGAGAAAGGUUUUCACUUGAAUUAACUUGUUUUAUAGUAUAUGUAUCUUAUUCAAAUAAAUAUGUAAAUUGAU